AGGGACUUUAUUGGUAAGAAAAAAGGGAAGGUGAAGGAGAAGAAUGCAUUAGACUGGGAGAAAAUAAAGCAGUAGUCUGCUGGGGAGAGGAUCUCAUUCAAGACGGGAGCAGAAACAAUUCAGACUGCUGUCAAACAGAAUCAAGAUGCUGCUGGUGUCACAAGUCAUGUUCCUCCUCCUCUGUGUGAUGGAGUCUGUCCGCACCACAUCUGUCAGUCCGUCACUUAAUCAGCCUUCUCUCACACGUGUCCGGAUUAUCGAAGUCGGUGACGACUAUGAUGAAGAAACUUCAAAGACGACAGCCACGCCCCAGUCGCCAGGGGUCACGACCUCUCGUGUAGUCCGCCGACCUUGUUAUUAUGACCCCUGUGCGGUUCAAACGAUUCCUUGCGAAAAGAUUUCAGCCCAGACGGGCUGCCUCUGUCCUGGGUUGACGGGGCCAGAGGAGAGACCCGAGCCUCCGGAGCUCCGGGAGGUGAAGCUAGAUGGAUCCGGGAAAGUGUUAGUGCACUGGUGUGCUCCUCGCUCCACCGUCACUCAUUAUGAAGUCACACUAUCAGGUGAAAACAAGCCAUUGGUUUUCAAAGAAAAUUUAAGAAAGGGUGCCAUACCCGAGUUGAAAGUUGGGGAGACGGUCUGCGUGGCAGCAAGAAAUCAAGUGGGAAUCAGCGAGAAGUCAUGUAAACGAUAUGAGCCGCCACAACCCAACCCGGUUGCUCUGAGUGCAGGGAUCAUCGCAGGGAGCGUCGGAUUCCUGCUGCUGCUUUUGGUGCUCGCCAUUGUACUGUGGAAGCGAAGGACGUGUCGAAAAGGCAGGAUGGGAGAUGCCGAGGGCCUCGGAAAUCCUUCGUACACCACGGAGCACUGUGAUGAGGAAAACAAAUGAAUGGAGGAUGAAACAAGCUGCAAAGAGACUUUUGUACAAGGUUAAAAGACUGGAAUAAUUAUGUGUUUUUUUUUAUGUUUUUGAAAAAAAGAAAAGUCUCUUCUGCUCACCAACGCUGGAUUUAUUUGGUCUAAAAUAUAGUAAAAUUGUGAAAUUUUAUUGCCGUUUAAAAUAACUGUUUUCUAUUUAAAUGCAUUAGAAAAUGUAAUUUAUUCCUGUGAUCAAAGCUGAAUUUUCAGUAUCAUUACCCCAGUCUUCAGUGUCACAUAAUCCUUCACAAAUCAUUCUAAUAUGCUCAAGAAGCCUUUUUAGCUGAAAAAAGUUGUGCUGCUUCAUAUUUGUUUGGAAAACGGUGAUGUAUUUUAUUUUACAGGAUUCUUUGAUGAAUACAAAGUUAAAAAAAACAGCAUUUAUUUAAAAGAUUUUUUUAAAAUUUAAUUAUUCCACUUUUGACCUGUAGUGUAUAUAGUGUGCACUUAGUGUGCACUAAAAAUAAUGCUCGCUGUUUUAGAUUCACUUCUUGACGGCUGUGAUUUAUUCUGAAUUAUUUUUAUUGAGAAAUUGUAAGUGGUUUGAAUGUUUUAAGUCAGCAUGAAAUCAAAUCUGUUUACCUUCAUAAUUCAUAUCGAUGCUCUUAAUGCGAACAAUUCAUUAGUGCACAUUAGUCAGACAAAAAUAAUAUUUGCAUUUGCAAAUCUCCCAUCAAAAAAAUCUAAAAGCUUUUUCAACAGUGAGUACUUUCUAAAACGAAACACUCGUCUCAGUUCCCGAUGGACAAAAUCAGUCAUGUGGUUCAUUUUUUAAUAACUAAAUAUAAUGUUUCACUCAAAUAUGUCAUACAAUGGAAGUAAAAUGCAUUUUGGUCGCCAUUUUAUGCUGACUUUAACACUACUAAUGGUUCUAUAGCACUUAGGAAGCCUGGAGCUUCAUUAAGCUAGACAGGGUUUUAUAAAGUAUCUGUUGUACAGUUACUUUCACGUGGAGAGUAUGUGUAACUAUUAUUGUAAGAUUCUUGAUAAUGUUUUUAACAAUAAAGAUAUUUUAAUAGCA